UAGCCAGCGAACGGCUGCGGCCCCCGCGUGCGAGCAGUCCGUCUAGACCUCAGCCGCUGCUACCAUGCCGGAUCGCGGUGGACGUCCAGCUCUGUACCGACUGUGCGACUCGGUGAACGGUACAAACUGGCGCCCGACGCGGUUCGAGGACGAGUUGACGUUGAUUCGUUACGCGUGCUGCGUGUGCCACGUCAUUCCGAGCACGACGAUAGUGCUGCCCUGUUCGCACGCUUUGUGCGAGCAGUGUAUGAAGGGGUGUGUCGUCCAAAGUGGCGGAAGCGUCUGUCCCCUGGACACCGAGCUCUUCUUCGAAGACGAGUGCCAGCGCUGUCGGCUUCCAGCCAAGAGAAAGCAGAACCUGAAGGCUCACUGCUGGAAUGAGGCUGAUGGCUGCCAAUUUGUAGGCACCAUUGAGGCCGUGCUGCUGCACUUCGACAGAGAAUGCGCCUUCCACGCCCUCCAGUGCCCACGUUGCGAACAAAGAAUACUGCGCACGGGUAUUGCAGCACACUAUGUCGCCGGGUGCUCCCAGAAUGCUUCCUGUGCAAGCGGCGCACAGAAGAGCAGACAGGAUGGUCCAUCUACCAGUUGCGACACGAGUGUUAUUGUGGACCAGUUUUGCACCCUUCAGAGACAAAUGAACGAAGUCUCUGCGCGUUCGCAGGACAUCAGCCGUGCAGUCAGUGGCUUUGAGAAUACUCUUCAACGUGGAAUGGAAAGUAUCGAGGCGAACAUCUGCACGAUGGUGACUCGACAACUGAACGCCGGUGUGGAAGAACUGAAGGCGUCGAACAUAGAACCGUGCAGUGAUAAUCUGUCAUCACUUCAGAGCCAGAUGAACGAACUGGUUGAGCAGUCGAGGCAGCGCGAUGCGUCCCAAAUACAGGAAAUCGGACGAGUGCUGAGAGACUCCCAAAUCGAAGUGAAGGAAGACUUGAAGGUGCAUUUGCAGAAAAUAGUACCUGUGCUAGAAGUGUCUGUAACUGAAGUGAAGGAGAACGUGAAGACCCAGUUAAAGGAACUUGUUCACGUGGUCAGGGACUCGGGAUGCGGGUUGAAAGAACAUGUGAGCAGAGUUGAGGCCAAUCUCUCUUCGAGGCUUACGGACCAACAGCAGUCUUUGCAAGGAGCGUUGGAUUCCUUAAAGCCGAAUCACGAAUCCUCCGAAGGAGAAGGGUCCCUUGCCGCUGCAGCUUCGGGAGAAGAGAUCCCAUGGUGCAUCAAGCAGGACGUGUUCAUCAACGAAUCGCUGAAUACACUUGAAUUACUGCGCCAGCAGAUUUAUCGACGCGAUAAAGAACCAUGGGUUUCGGAGAGUAAGGAUUUGAUGAGUCCUCCUUGCGCCAUAUUCAGCGACUAUUCUAAAAUUCCGGGUUUUCUUGUGACCCUGGAAAAUUGUGAAAUUAUAUGGAAGUCAGGUAGUGGAUUCUCCACAGUCACGUAUCGGUACUACAGGGAUAUGUAUAUUCACAUUACCUUUUCUAAACAAUCUUGGACCACUGCGUGUUUCUAUCUGGAGAGUGUCUCUUAG